UUUGCUCGGCUGCCAUUCAUGAUGAAAUGCCGGUGAUGGCUCCCGUUGCGUGAUUACUCCUCGAUUAUCUCGACCCGGCUUCACGCCCCGCCCACCGACCGGCGAGACGGUGACAACAACAACAACGGAGACGAAGGAAGAAGAAGAAGAAGAAGAAGGAAAAGCACCUUUUGUUUCAAAAAUAAGCGAGAGCAGAAAAGGAGCUGCGAUGCUAUCGAUUCUCCAAGAGGCUUGUGCGGGAAAGGCGCGGCCGCUGCCUGCCUGGAGGAACGUGCGGUCGGAAACUUUCAGCCCGUUUGUCAGCAGCAGUCGUCUUCGACAUGUUCAAGCUAUUCUACGUUACAGCAGCAAAUCAAAAUCUGAUGGAAUUCUCUGCAUUCUGGGUAUUGAUAGCCGAUAUAAUGAGGGGUGCAGAGAAUUGGCAAACUAUCUACUCUUUGACCUAUAUAAUCUGACAAACAUUGAUUCUGAUGUGACUGACUUGCCAGAAGAAGUGCUUGAUGAUGUAAUUCUGCUAAUCAAGCCAGAGAGUGUUCAUCUGUACUGCAACCCUGUGAACUAUAACUAUCUUCUGCCUUAUGUAGCAUAUUGGAGAAACCUACACUUGCACUGUUUGACAGAAAAAGAAUAUGAAGAUGAAGAAGCAGCAGAGGAAUUCAAAAUUACCAGUUUUGUGGAUAUGGUGCGAGAUUGUUACCGCAUUAGAGUUCCAUAUAGCUUUCAGGGCCAUGUUCAGAAGUUUGAUAUGUUCAUUGUUGAGAAGUGGCCCAUUGUACAAGCAUUUGCGCUGGAAGGAAUUGGAGGAGGGGAGUUUUUUACAAUGAAACAUGAGUUAUUUGACGCUAGCGAGGAGCUGUGGCAGACUUAUAACAAAUUGGAUCCAGUCUCUCUGGAAGUCUUGAUUUCUGAGGAUUUGACAGCAUUUGACAGACAAUGGGCAAGCUUCUUUUCCAACUUUGACAUUGAGUCCUCUUCCUCAAUACUGGAUCUUUCCGAGGCACAGGCUGGAGAGCCACUUGCCUCCACAUAUACUACUUUUAGAUGGAAGAGCAGACAAAUGGGCUGCAAGCUACUCCAUGGCUUUCAACACCAAUGCUCUUCCAUGGAUCAACUAACUGGAGGCAUGAUGCCAUUUCGAACUUACUUUAGCCAUGGGUUGAUCACCAGUCAAAUUACAGAGAAAAGCACUGACCGGCAACCUUUCGUUCUUUUUGGUUGUCAUUCAACAAAAGAAAACUUAAACUCAUACAGCUUUACUUUUCCAUCUGAGGGUCACCUUGUUCGAAACACAAACAACAGAGGAGGCACUGCCAGACAUAUGGUUGUGCAGUGCACAUCUCCCAGAGGGCCUUUAGGAUGCUCAAGGACAUUCUUUUUUGGAAAUUCACAUGUACCUUAUAUGGGCAAAGACAACAAUCAACAGAAAAAUAAUGAACUCUUGGUGCUGCCACAAAUUUAUGUUGCUGUAGUAGAAGCAGUGCUGGCUAGCAUCCGAUGCUAUGUGGAAACUUCCAGCUUAAAAAUUGCCAAAGAAGUUGCAGAAGAGGUUUUCCUUUCAACAUUAGACUAUUAUAGUCUUACGCAGUACAAAACUGUCCUAAGAUCAAAUUUGUCUUUCCUUAUUCAAGCUGUGAAUAGCCGAGGGAGGAUCAUCUCAUUGGAUAACCACAUAAGCAAAUUCCUCAUUAAAACGGCAACCAUGACUGUGUAUGACAUUCCAGAUGUAACAGGAGGAAAAGGGACCAUAGGGUCCGUGGUGUUUUCUGAAUCGUUUUUGGAAUCAAAGUUGUUUCUCAAAGAAAAUGAUGGCACCAUGUCCACAGAUAGUAGCUAUGUAAUUCUCACAGCGACUGUUCCUCGAUAUGUGUCCUGGAUGGUUGAAGAUGCUGAGGUGAAACUUUCUGAAGAAGCACAACGAACAAUAAAGGCUGAAGAAAGUUUUUUGGGAAAUAUUCUUGCAAGUGGAGAUUCUGUCUACCUUUGUUCUGGUAGUUCAGCAUCCAGACCAGAAGAAGGUAAACUGUUUAUUUUGUCAGAAGGCAUCUUAUUUAUUCAUCCUCGCUCUGGCAGCAUGACCAUUCCGAAGAGCCACAUGGCUGCAUUGAAGUAUUAUGAUGGCAACUCCCCUGGUGUAGUUGCUGUACUUAUCAUUGAAUACAAGAAGACGCUGCUUCCACACCUGCCCAUUCAUUUACACACUGCGUCGAAUUCCUUGAUGUUUGCACUUAUGCCAAGAUCAAAAAUCUAUAGAUCCUUUUAUUGCCAGGUCAUGACUCCAUGGCAACAGGUGGGAGAAUCUGGCAUUACAAUGAAGAUGUGUCAGAGUAAUCAAUUAUCUGAGGAGGAAAAAAAGCUACACACUAAGCUGGAGAAACUUUUUGAGAUCCAAGCCAUACCUAAAGAUCAGCAAUGCAACCAUUUAAAAAGAGUCAGUGCUAACCUGCCAGAGCUUGGCAUGUUUUUACAGCAUUUUGCUGUGAGUAGUGCGAGUCAUGAACCAGUAAGAAGAUCUGAUCUGUCCAUAUUAUUACAACAAUCAAAGUUAUCCUCCACAAUCAGUGAAGACCAGAAUAAGAUGGUGAUCACUAUUAUUGCGGGACUUCCUGGUAGUUAUAAAGAAGAACUUUGUACCUAUAUUGUCAAUCUGAAUCAAGAACAUGGAAGGUGGUCAGUUUACCGUCAAAUGCCAGAUAACUGUGAGCUAUUCAAUGUUGGGCAAAUCCAUCGCUUUCUUUCAAAUGUACUUGAAGCACAACGGAAUCGGACCGUUCAUCAAUCUGUAUACUCUAGAAAGAAAAUGAGGCUGCUGAUUGUGACACCAGGGUACACAGACAUUAUUGAUGUUGUGCAGGCUAUCCAGAUGCAUCCCGACUCUGAAGUUCAGUCUGCAUUCGUCAUUGGUACCAUUGCUACCUGUAUUAACCCACAGUGCUCAACCAUGGAACACAGGUUAUUUUUCCCAAAACUUUUGGAUCAGUGCUCCCAAGGUUUGGUCAGUAAUGUUGUUUUUACAAGCUUGACAUCAGAGCAAAGACAUCCACUCUUGAUGCAUCUACAGAAGUUAAUUCGUGUAGCAAAUCCCAACGUUGGAUUCAUUCUUGCAGAAAAGGGAGCAGUGACCAGGAAUGCUGAUGUUGAAAUGAUUUUGUCUGAAACUAGUUUUUCAGAGCCUUCAAUGUUGAGAGCACGUUAUUUGAUGUUUCCUAGCUGGUGGAAUGGCAAAUUCAGAUCAGGUUCAGUUUUCCCACAAAUGACUCAGAUCUGUAUCAAAUUCAACCGUCCACUUGAAAAGGCCCGAUUUGUAACUAAGUGUAAAGCUUUGAAAAUCGCGCUGAAGUCAUUUCCUUUUGAUGGAAAUAUAUAUCACGUACGAGCGCAACUGAAAUUUUCAGAUUCUGAGAAAAAAUUUGAAAUUUAUCACAACACCCAGAUUAAUACGUUCAGCAUGGUCUCCUUACAAGAUAGCCCUUCACCACCUCCUUUACAAGGUGAUGGAAAGACCAAUGGGCGCAAGCUUGACAGCUUUGUUGUAUUCAUCGGUUGCAUGCUGAAAGAAGAGACUAUGAAAGAUUGGUUGCGACAGUGUGCAAGCCAGAAACUCCAGAAGAAACCUCUCAAGACACUUGACACCCUCACCAAACAAGAAAUAAAAAAUGUCCAUAUCAAACGACAUUUGGAGUUACCUCCACCUGGAUGGUUUUACAAUGGGAAUCAGUUUGUUAACUUCUUUGGUGAAAAGAGUGACUAUCACCCUCUAAUGGACACGUUCAUAGAAGAAUAUCUAUCAGAAGUCAACAAAGAGAUUGAGAAAUACAACCGUGAAAUUGAAAAACAAGAGUGUGUAGAUCUGUUUGAGCCAUAAUUCUGAUGACCACCUAAGUCCCAUGAUCUGACAUGCUUUGAAUUAGAUUGGGAUAACAGAUUACAGAUAAUGAACAAAUGCCUGAAAUGGAUUAGAACUGGUAACAAUGCAGAACUUGCAAAAUAAAAAUCAAGUACCAAACAUGUAAGAAUUUACUAAUAGUUAACCAUAUUCAAUUCAGAUGGAAUUGUAAUCAUUUCUCACUGUUGACUUAGUUAUUCCUAAUCAUGGGCGUUAGAACAGUAGUUACACAAAAUAUUUUAUUUGUUUACUGAGUCUACUUCAAUGCAAUUCCCAGCACGUGUUUAUUAACUGGACAAUUUGUAACAUGGAAAAUCUCCAAGCUUGACACUUUAUAAAUCUUCUAAGAUCCUGAAGUAGUUGCGUCCUGUUCCAGAUGUAUUGGAAGUAAGUGUAUUUGCUAUUUGUGAAAGGACACAUUUGUGACUUGUUGAAAUGUUAAGCAAAUAUACCUGCACAAGUUCACUACAGAGGAUAACCUUGUCAGAAUGAAAGCAAAAUUCUGCUAGAAAUUUGAAAUCUACACUGCUGGAGAAACUGAGCAAGUCUGGCAACAUCUAUGGAAAGAGAAACAGUGUUUAAUAUUUCAAGUUUGGUAUGUCUCUUCUUGAGUUCUGAAGAAGUCAUAUUGGACUUUUUAUCUCUGCCAAUAGCUGUUGACAAACUAGCUGAGUUCCUCCAGCACUUUGUGUUUGUUAAAUUAUGAUAGAACUUGUUACAAAUCAACAUGCAAGAAGAUUUUUAGUUUUAUAAGCAGCUCAUUCUACCAAACCAGUGACAGUCUAGAUUUAUCAUUUUCUUUUGUGCAGCAAGAUUUCAAUCUGCAUGUAAGCCCUAAAGUUUAUAUAUUUUUAAUUGUUUCACAAUUAGAAUAAUGAUUUGCUGCUUCAUUUUGUUAUGCUAUCGAAUUCGUCUAUGCAAUCUUGUUUAAAGACCCUUUACUAUAAAUUUGAUCUGUACCAGCAUUAGCGAAGUUAUGUGGGUGCAUAGUUGUGGUGUCUGACUGGAUGAAUGUGUAACAAUUGCUGGUGUAUGUGUAGAUUAAUUUCUCGUACUAAAUGUAAAUCCUACACCACAAAUAACAUGUUUGUACAUUAACAUAAUUACCCAUAAAGAAGGUAUAUUGACAUAGACUGUUAAGUUUGUGUGAAUUUGAAAAGUAGUUCACACCAAGAUAUAGUAUUUAUGCAUGCUUGUGCUUCCUUAAUUUCUCCUACCUCUCCCACCCCAUCAGCAUGUUCAGUCCAUCAUCAACCUAUGGAUGAACAUUAUUUGAUCUUUGCAGGGAAUGAUUGCCAGAUUUUCAGUGCUGGAUAGGAACCCACUUAUUCUUUUGAAUAUGCAGCCUUUUCCUUUGUUCAUUACUCCAAACUGUCUUUAACUAAUGAGAUUUCUGCAGUUAGAAAAGUAGGAGCCAUCUGUAAUUUUCUUAGUGGUAUCUUUUCAAUAAGUGAUUUUCUUUAUUUAUGUAAUGCUAGGUUAACCUGCAAAGCAGUGGAAGUAACGCUUUUGAAUCUUCUGUAUACGGAAAAAGAAAUCUGUAUUAGAAACUUUGGAGCAAAUGUGUUACUGAACAUUUGGAUUGGUGGAAUAACAAUAUUUGCCAAGUAAACUGAAGCAUUUGCUCUUCUGAUUUCUUUGUGUAAACAAAUAUUAGUGAUAGUAUAGAGAAUCAAACUUAUAGCCUCUGUAGUGGAAUAUUGUGUUCAGGUAAAUUUGUUUACUGGUUCUAAAUUUUCACUACUUAUGGAACAUUGUGAAGAACAACUUUAUUAUGCUGCACUUUGAACUUUAAGGCCUAUCUAAGUGAGUUUGACAGUUUGUGUAUCGCCUUGGUUCCUACAGUUUGGGCAUUCCUAAAAAUAAGACCUGGGUCUUCACUAAACAAACUUUCUAGCACCGGUGUGCAAAACACCUGAUAAUACACUUGAGUACGAAAGCUACUCAGCAGCUAAAUAAUGUUAACCAGAUUGUUUAGUGUACUUUUUCCUACAACAAUGUUUUAUUCAUCAAGGACUUGGCUCAACUGUACUGUUCUACAUUUUGAUUAUAACUAUACAAGAAGACAGACCUUUGGUUUUGUAUCCCAAGUCAAACAGCUGUCUUUUAUUAUGAGAAAGUAAUAUGAUAAAUAUAAAUGGUUUUCUUUAAGAAAGCAGUGCCAGCUCUGUGAAGUAGAAAACACAGUGCUGAGAUAUUACUCAGCGUAUUUAGUUAAAUGUACUUCCAUUUUAAGAUAAUGCAGGGCCUAAGAAUUGUAAAGAUGAAAACUCAUCUGUUUGGAUACCAAGUUUUCUUUUGUUCUGUAAAAUUAGCCACACAAGGAAUAAGUAACUUUAUACUCCAUUUGGAUAUAUAAAAGGAAAGGUAGGGUUUCCAGAAUUCAGUGUGCACCUGCUUUUGCAAGUUGUUCUUGGAUUCUUCUACCACUUAGCUAUGCAUGUAACUCGCCUUUAUGCAUGAAAAAUGAUGUAUGGUACAGAAGGGUAAAUUAACCAGUAGAUGCAUUCAAGGGGAACAGCUAUUGGUAAGUUGACAUGCUGCCAUUUACUUUUACAUACCAGUGGUGUGUAUGUAAAAUGCUCAGACUGGGCCACCAGUCAUCAAAUACCAUUGAUUUUCUUCCAGUGUGAAGACUUUUAAGCAUCACUUUAUCACAUUGAUGAAAAAACAGGGGGUUGAUAUAACCAAACUAAUAUGCUCCUUAAAUAUCUUGUUGACCCAAGAAUAUGCAAUUUGAGUGUUUCAUAAAUGUCAAAGUUGUGAUUUGAGGUGUGCAACGAGUAACUUGAUUCCAAAAUUCAUAACCUUAAAUUUGUAAUUGACUCGCUUUAUUCUAGAACAUGAUUUUCAUAUACUAGAUCAAAAUUGCUAGAAAAUUUUCCUUCAUGUCUUAAGUUGCAGUGUGACACAGUUCACUCAAUAGUGGUCAAAUUCUAAUGUGGGUGAAAAUUUCAUUUCAAUAACAAAAUUUGUAUUCCACUUGUGAUCAGUAUUAAAUUUUGGCUGAUGAGAUGGUUGCAUUACUGAUCGCCAAUACUUGCAGUCAACACCUCAGGUACUUUUCAUGUUUUGCUGUAGUCAUGGUUUGGUGAUUAGGAAAACAUUUACCUAUAUCACUAGAUAUAGAUGGAGCAGUGUAAUUGAAUUUAAAUGGAAAACUAAGUUGAAGGGACACUUUUUGACAACUUUAUAAAUCUAAUGAGUAAAUGGCAGUUAGACACAUUUAGCUGACAAAGCAAAUAAUAUCUGUAAUAGAAAAGUAGAAAACUAUAGAAAUGCUUUGGAGCCUUCCCCUCAAAGUAGUUUUUAAGCAGCUAUGCUGUGUGAUAACUUGGUAGGUCUGAGUGUUUGUUUACCAGUAUAACCUCACAACUAAUGUUAAGACUCUAGGACAGCAAAUAAAUAGUGUUUGUGUGUCCCAACAUAGAUUUGUGAUGGACGACAUGAACUGUUUUACAAUAAGUUGUUUAUAAUCUGAGACAGAAACAACAGUGCCUAAACAUUAUAUCAGCUUUGUAAUGUUUUAUAACUGAAGCUGUAUUUAAACUCCACAGUGAGCUGGUCUACAGCUAGCUGCUGAUCCUUUAUUUGGGGGUUAACUUUAAAUUAAGUUGUUAUACUGCACUGUAAUAAAGUCUCUUUCAAAGAUAUCAUGCUGUAAAGAGAAGCUAAACUUGUGCCCUGCAAUCAUAGAAGCAUGUGGCUACUUUAUAUUCAGCUACAAAGAAAAUUGUCCUGUCGUAUUACAGGGCUUUGCAAAUGUCGUCCAUCAUAAUUUAUGAUUAAGUUAAGCUAAUUUAAUAUUAGUAAGAUGAAGUUCGUUUUGGCUACAUUAAAAUGUUAGUUUAACAUCAGUAACUUCUGUGAUUAUAGAGCCAGGAAUAUGCUUAAUAUAGAUGUGGCCAGCCAUUGUAUUUGUAUUGCACAUCAAAAAUAAUCGAUUCACUGUGAAAUUGAUCUAGUGUGGCAUCCAGAUGGCCUUAGCCCUUUCGCCAGUUAAUCCUCUGCCAUUGGAUCCUCAAAAAUUCUGUCAGUCUUAUUGAUGUUAGUUUGGGCUGUACUGAUUUUGGCAGGUAUUUUGCUGCUCUAUUACCCUGGAUUAAAUGAAAAUAAAAUGUUAGAGAAUAUUAUACAGUCAUAAUUUCAUACACUGCUAGAAGUACAAGUUAUUUAAUUGUAAGCUAUACAACUGGUGACUCAUUAAUUCACUAGUUACAAAAGAAUCUGGAAUAUAACUUCUGGCUUUUGGGAAAAGCAACAAGUUGUGUAUGUUUCAUCAGAUCAAAUAGCAGUAUAUGGUAUAGUUACAUUUGCAAGUUCAACUCAGAAUAUGCGAAACCCUUAUUUUGAAUUUAUUUGUAUGAUUGCCUUCAUGCCAAAAUGUCAGCAGGUGCUUGGUACAAAUCAUAGUGAUGGCUUAUUUGAAAUCCCAUUUAGGUUUAUUUAAGAACUUGAAGGACUUUGUUUUUUGAUGUUUUAGGGAAAAUUAAUAGAAAAUAAAUUGUGUUGAUUUAGAAUCUUUGAUGGAAUACAAUGGUUUUACAAAGCACAAUAAUAAUUAAAAUUUUUGGCCUACACAUCUUUUGGGUAACAAUUCUACAGUGGUUUAUAAGUGAUUAUUUGGUGUUUCUGCCAUUUAACUGGAUCAGGACCUACAAGUUUAAAAGUAACUGUACUGAAGUGAUUCUUCAGGUAAAUGGUAAGGCAGUCACAUUAAGAUGCUUUGGGUUUCUAAAGGCCUUCUGUUAAUGUUGAUCUUUUGAGCCCUGUUAAGAAUGGUGUUGGUGAAAGGGGUUUGGUAUCAAACUAACAGGAGUAUUGCAAAACUGAAAUCUGAAUGCUAGGCAGUUGUUUUGAUGUUAAACUAUUAGCCGGCCUUUACAAAGUAUGCUUGCAUCAUUAUUGUUGGGAGAGUGUUUUGUGCUGGUCGCUGAAGUUAUGGAUCGUACAUUCUUUGAAAAGGAACACAGCAGCUUGAAUUAGCUUACAUUCCCUGGUCUACUUGACUCAAGGGUUAAUUUAAGUUCUAGUUUGUGUUCCCAUUUGGAAUUCUAAUAGUAUUUGCACAUAGAGUUCAGUUAACGAAUUGGUAUUGGAAAAAGGGAACAAUUUUAUUUGUUUGAUAACAAUGACUUUACUGUGAUUUGCUACAACGUAUGAUGUAAUUUUAAACAUCAGGUCAUUAGCAAAAUAAUUUACCUCAUAAAUUGAAGCUAUAACAUAAAUUUUUAGACAAUUACUUGCUGAAUUUUUUCAAGCAAAAUUCUUCAGAUUAAUGAAGAGUGAAUUCAGGAAUUUAUUUGUUUGGCUUGAAAGCGUGCCAAAUUUGUCGUUUUGAUACUAACUUUAACCACUUUAGCUUGUGUUUUGGAAGGGGGAGAAUAUCUAUAAAUUAAAACGUUUGAAUUGUAUUUGCACAAAACUACUGUAACUUCAGUUAAACUGGUUUUGCGAGUGACUGAAGCUUUUUUGCAUAUCUUGUAUUUAUUACACUGCAAAUGAUAUAAUUAAUCCAACAAAGUGUAUAGAAUAAUUAUUAGUUUUACUGUUUAUUUUUGUAUUUGUUGGCACAUUUUUACCUGUAGUUGUGAUGUUUUGCAAUUUUUACAUAAGUAAUUUUCAGCAAUUGCGUUUAAACUUCAAUAAAGUUUAUAUGUUUCACCAA